AUGGGUUCUCAUUGUUCUUGCAAUUGUGAUAAGAAAGCAUAUGAAAUAUAAGUAAUUUAAAUAUUAAUUAGGAAUGUCUAUCAAUCCAAACAACUGGUUCUAAAACUGAAAAAAAAUGGAUGUUAAAAAAUAAAAUGGCAACUGUAAUCUAAAAACAUUGGAGGGGUUAUAUAGCAAGGCGUAAUGUUGAUGAUUAAAAAAUACUUUAUGCAUUUGAAACUGAAACAGUUGAAAGUGGAAUCUCAAUAAAUCACGAUGAUUAAGCUAGGGUUGAAAAACCUACUUAUAUGUAUUGAAUUCCAAUAUUUAGAUUUUCUGGAGGAGCUACUUAUACUGGUGAAUGGAGAGGAAACUCAAGAGAUGGAUAUGGAAUAUAGAUUUGGCCAGAUGGUGCAAAAUAUGAGGGUGAAUGGAAACAUAAUAAAGCACAUGGAAGAGGUAAAUUUACUCACAUUAAUGGGGAUAUUUAUGAAGGAGAAUGGGAAAAUGAUAUGUCGAAUGGAUAUGGAGUCUAUAAACAUAUUGAUGGUCCCAAAUAUGAAGGAGAAUGGUUUAAUGACAAGUAACAAGGAUAUGGUAUUGAAUUAUGGCCUGAUGGAUCUUUGUAUGAAGGAUAUUAUCAGAAUUCAUUAAAGCAUGGAAAAGGUAAAUAUCAAUGGAGUAAUGGUCAAAAAUAUGAAGGAGAUUGGGAUCAAAAUAAAAUAUCAGGAAGGGGAAUUUUAAUUUGGACAGAUGGAAGAAGAUAUGAGGGAGAUUUUUAUUUUGGUAAUAUGAAUGGUAGAGGUAUAUACACGUGGCAAGAUGGAAGAAAGUAUGAAGGAUAAUAUCUAAACGAUAAAAAGCAUGUAUCAUUUUCAAUUGAUUAAAAAUAAGGGUUAUGGCAUUUAUGAUUGGGGAGAUGGUAGAAGAUAUGAAGGCGAGUGGGAGAAUGGUAAGUAGCAUGGCAGAGGAUGCUUUUAUAUGAACAAAAAAGGGAAAUAUGGACUUUGGAGUAAAGGUAAACGGAUAGCAUGGGAUGAUUAAUGA